AUGUUGGAGAAUGAAAAAACUGCAUGCAAAUUGAUACUAUUCACAAAAUGGAGAAGUAAAAAUGAAGUGGAAGCAGCUGUACCCAGUUAUUAUCAACCGGAUGCGAACGAUCACCGCUUUCGAGACGAAACUAUCCCUCCAACCACUUUUCACUCGAUUGUUCAUGGGGUACAAGGGAUUGUAAUAGCGGCUCUACUCAACAUUGGUGGCAGAUUUGUCCGGGUGGCUGCUAAACGUUAUGACGUUGCUGAUGCUGAAAGAGUGCGAGAGGACAAUCUGACAAAGAGCAAUGGAUACACAAAAAUUCUCCGAGAACUGCAAAACACCCAGUACUUAGUGCAUGAGAAUAUUGUCCAAAUGAUGGAUUCAUUCUGGGAAGAAUCACCGACCGGUGACAUUCGCUUCGUUUGGAUUGUCACAGAGAGAAUGGAUGUCGAUUUGGAGUACUAUUUUGAAAUACUGAAGAAAAACGACAAUUCGUCAAACCCAACACUGAGAGAUCAUCGACAACUCGCGGCAAUCCCGACAAACAGCAAAGGAAUUCACUCUAUUUUGCCCACUUUGCCAAUGAUCUAUCAACCAUUAGAAGUGGCUCUAAUGGAUCGAUAUGAUUGCGGGGUUGAUGUUUGGUCGGCGGGACUGGUUGCGUUGGAGAUGCUCGGGUGCAGGUUGAUGAUGCCAUUGGAUGGGAAAGCUGCUUCAGUGAAAGAACGAAUUCUGGACGUUCUCGAGGAAAAUCUCAUGGAUUUGUUAAAAAAGAUUUUCGAAGUGAACCGGCAAAUGAGACUGACAGCAAGCGAAUGUCUUGAGCAUCCAUAUCUCAAGGAAAUGAAUAAAAAACUGGAGUCAGGCGAGGAUGUUUCCAUGAUUGGCUCAAGUAGACGAGAUAAAGAACUCCUAAAAUCGACUCUAAUGAAAUUUUCCAAGAAAGUUGCUAAC